AUGGAUCAAGAAGACAUAAUUGCUUCAUCUGGAUCUCCGUCAGUGUAUUUUGAACAACAAUUAAGCGUAACAAGAAUAAGCAAAACUGAAGUAACUAACGUAACCAACGUAACCAGUAAUUAUUCUUCGUUCUGUUCUGAAAUUCAAGAUGAUUUUUUAGUAGCCACGUCUGAACCACUAUCACAAGAUGCAUUUGAAGAUAUGCCAGAACCAUUGUCACAAGAUACACUUGAACCACUGUCACAAGAUACACCUAACGGUUUGCGAAGUGCAUUAAUUGAGCUUGACCAAAAUAUUAAUAUUAGUCAAAUUGAAAUGCAAGUUUCAAACGCCUCAAUAAAUUCGUGA